GGAAGCCACCUGCCGGGUUCAGUGUCCUGGGCCCAGCCUCCCUGCUCCCGAGGGCAUGAAGGGAGCCGCUGGCGACAUUCUUCUCCCAGGGCUUGGUGGUGGCGGUGAGGAGGUAGCUAGCAUCCUGAGGGCGGGGCCAUGGAGGAGCAGGCCCACACCUGUGGCUCCACCUGGGAGCCCUCGAAGGACAAGAACCACCCGGAUUCACCCUGGUCAUGGAUCCCCAUAAUGAGAGACCCCGGAUGGAUUCGAAACGUGUGGUCUUCAAACAUCAACGCUCAAACCAUGAAUUACGUCGGGCAGCUGGCGGGCCAGGUGUUUGUCACCGUGAAGGAGCUCUACAAGGGCUUGAACCCUGCCACCUUGUCCGGAUGCAUCGACAUCAUCGUCGUCCGCCAGCCCAACGGGAGCCUGCAGUGUUCACCGUUCCACGUCCGCUUCGGGAAGAUGGGGGUCCUGCGCUCCCGAGAGAAAGUGGUCGACAUAGAAAUCAACGGGGAGUCCGUGGAUUUGCACAUGAAAUUGGGAGAUAAUGGAGAAGCGUUUUUUGUUCAAGAGACUGAUAAUGAUCAGGAGGUGAUCCCCAUGCACCUGGCCACCUCCCCCAUCCUGUCGGAGGGAGCCUCGCGGAUGGAGUGCCAGCUGAGGAGGAACUCCGCGGACCGCGGGCGAGGCCUGGACGCCAGCGCGCCGGCCCCGGUCUUAGCUCCCAGCGAGGCCCCUUCCAGCGGCUCUUCAGUGAAGAAGAGAAGGAAGAGGAGGAGAAAGUCCCAGCUGGACAGCCUGAAAAGGGACGACAACACCAACACAUCGGAAGACGAGGACAUGUUUCCCAUCGAGAUGAGCUCCGACGAGGAGACGGACCCGCUGGACAGCAGUAGAACUCUCUCUAAUGACGUGCCGCCAUUCCAAGAAGACGUCCCCAAGGAGAACCUCUCCUCGGUCCUGACUUACCCUCAGUCAGCAUCGUACCCCAAUUCGGACCGAGAGUGGUCCCCCAGCACCAGGAGCCUGCUGGACGGCACAAGGAGCCCCCCUUGCCUGGCAGACGUGGUCGAGGGAGGGCUUUCUAGUUCUUGCCCUCUGCAGCCGUCCCUCCUCCCCCUCGCUUCGGAAAGUCCCUCAGGGUCCCGACCUUCCACACCCAAAAGUGACUCAGAGCUGGUCGGCAAGUCCGCGGAGAGGACGUCACAGAAGAACAACCUGGAAAUGCUCUGGCUCUGGGGGGAGUUGCCGCAGGCUGCGAAAACUUCGCCACACAAGACGAAAGAUUCCAGCCCACUGAGCAGCAGGAAAAUGUGUGAGAAAAUGCACUUUCAGGCCAUUCACAGUGAAUCUUCCGAUGCAUUUAGUGAUCAGUCGCCGACGUCAACUGCUGCGCCUCCUGGGCAGCCGCUGUCAGAGCAGAGCAAGUCCCAGACGGAGAUGCAGUUUGUGAACGAGGAGGACGCGGAGGCCUUGGGAGCCGCGGCCCCGCCCCCGCCCACCGCGGAGGAGGCCAGAGCCCUGCCCGCCAUGGCCAGCAAGACCGAGUCGCCUUCCAGGAAAAAAGACAAACGAAGCAGGCACCUCGGUGCAGAUGGCGUCUACCUGGAUGACCUCACGGAGAUGGACCCCGAGGUGGCUGCCCUGUAUUUCCCCAAGAAUGGAGAUCCCGCCGGGCUCCCCAAGCACGCGGACAACGGGGCCCGGUCAGCCAAUCAGUCCCCGCAGUCCGUGGGCAGCUCCGGCGUUGACAGUGGUGUGGAGAGCACCUCUGACGGCCUGAGGGACCUGCCAUCCAUCGCCAUCUCCCUCUGCGGUGGCCUCAGUGACAACAGGGAGAUAACCACAGAGGCGUUUUUGGAACAAGCUGUGUCGUAUCAACAGUUUUCGGACAACCCUGCGCUCAUCGAUGACCCCAAUCUCGUGGUGAAGAUCGGGAAUAAGUACUAUAACUGGACCACGGCGGCUCCUCUGCUUCUGGCCAUGCAAGCUUUUCAGAAGCCUUUGCCAAAGGCUACUGUGGAAUCCAUCAUGAGGGAUAAGAUGCCCAGAAAGGGAGGAAGAUGGUGGUUCUCGUGGAGGGGAAGAAACACCACAAUCAAGGAGGAAAGUAAGCCAGAGCAGUGCUUGGCUGGCAAGAGCCACAGCACCGGGGAGCAGCCGUCACAGCUCGGCAUGGCCACCAGAAUGAAACACGAGUCGUCCUCCAGUGAUGAGGAGCGCACAGCCGCCAGGCCCUCCAGCGCCAGCCACCUCCCUCUGCUGUCCAGCGUCGGCUACAAGAAGACCCUCCGGCUCACGUCGGAGCAGCUGAAAAGCUUGAAGCUGAAGAACGGCCCCAACGACGUCGUUUUUAGCGUCACCACGCAGUAUCAGGGCACGUGCCGCUGUGAGGGUACCAUCUACUUGUGGAACUGGGACGACAAAGUCAUCAUUUCUGACAUCGACGGGACGAUCACUAGAUCAGAUACUCUCGGCCACAUUUUGCCCACCCUCGGGAAGGACUGGACCCACCAGGGCAUCGCCAAGCUGUACCAUAAAGUGAGCCAGAACGGGUACAAGUUUCUCUACUGCUCCGCACGUGCCAUCGGGAUGGCGGACAUGACGAGGGGCUACCUGCACUGGGUCAACGAGAGGGGCACGGUGCUGCCGCAGGGGCCCCUGCUGCUCAGCCCCAGCAGCCUCUUCUCCGCCUUGCACAGAGAAGUCAUCGAAAAGAAGCCAGAAAAGUUUAAAGUCCAGUGUUUGACGGACAUAAAAAACCUGUUUUUUCCAAACACAGAGCCCUUUUAUGCUGCCUUUGGAAACCGACCUGCCGACGUGUAUUCGUACAAGCAAGUGGGCGUGUCCCUGAACAGGAUAUUCACCGUGAACCCCAAAGGGGAGCUGGUGCAGGAGCACGCCAAGACCAACAUCUCCUCGUACGUGCGGCUCUGUGAGGUGGUCGACCAUGUUUUCCCACUGCUGAAAAGGAGCCACUCUUCUGACUUCCCCUGCUCGGACACGUUCAGCGACUUCACCUUCUGGAGAGAGCCACCGCCCCCGUUUGAGGACCAGGACGUCCGCUCUGCCUCUGCCUGAACGCUCCGAGCGAGCGCCCACCUCCUGCGGGGCCGCGCCCCGCCCCAUCGGAGACGGGCUCUGGCAGCCGAGGAUCGGAGCUUGGGAGCCUGGUGUUCAGUCACUCGCUGGAGAGCAGGGAGAGUCGAGACCCACGUUCCUCCCUCCCCGCGGCCCCGAGGGCUGACAUUUCUAAGUCAACUGCUACUUCAGGGUGCACUUCAUAGGCAACGACUGGGCGCCUCUGCAGUAGGAGGCGUUGGCACUGCCCUCCUGGCCUGCGGCGAGUCCUUGGUCAGUGGUCACUGUGCCGCGUGCGCCCAUGACCUGGAGCAGAGGUGGCUCCCGGGCCCUGCUGGGGGCAGUGUAACUGAGGAAUGCCCGAUGCGCACGACUGGAGGGCGGGCCACAUCCCUUGUGGCAGCUCCUACCCCUCUUCUGCCCCUGGCCGGAUGUUCCCCUACAGUGUUCGCGGACUGGUCUAAUUUUUAGGUGAUGAGCCCUUCUUUAAAUCCCUUUGGUUAAAGGUAGCCUGUGUGACCCGCUGAUCUCCCGCCCCCUGUGUGUGGCUCGAGGAGGCAGGCUCUGUCCGGCACUCGGUAGCCCCGCCACGCCUUAGGUUCAGAUGUAGGAGACGUUUCUGGGGCAGUACUUCUGUGAUCCCGGUGCAGUGCCUGUCCCCCCGCAAGGGGGCGCUGACGCUGUGCACGCGAACACAGCCAGCGCUGAAGGCAGGCGGUGAGGCCUGUUCCCGUUGGAAGCCCUCAAAGGAAACCGCUUGGUUUUAAGAAAAUAGUUUCGAGAAGAUAAAUUAUAUUUUUUGUAGAGGUUAUUUAUUACUUUCCUUUGAUUGGGUUAUUGUUAUAAGCACUUAGCCAUAUUCUUUCUCUUUUAACUGUCAUUGAUAUGUUAAAAAGAUACCGCGUACGCGUUAGUCCGCAGAGCCUUAGGCUACAGACCUCACGACACCGGCCUCUUCGGGACCCAGGAGUCACUCUCUGUUUUCUUCGGCUUUUCCCACGCGAAUCGAGGGCCGGUGGAGAAACGAUGGUCCGAGCCACAUUCUCUAAGCCACUAGGAGAUGAAUCUCCCAGCUUGUUUAUUAAAUUUGCUUGCAGAGAGAACAGUUUGAAAAGUCAAAGGAUUAUUUUGGUAAAAGAUUUUGCUUUAUUUUUUGAAGUAUUAUUUUUCUAAAGAGCGUUUUCCUCCAGUGAUUGAAGUGCUUUUCUAUUUAACUUGCGUUGUUAGAGCCACGGGGGGCGGGGGCAAGCGCGUGGAGCACUUCGGACGGUACUCUUUCUGUGAAAGAGCGCAGCGCACUGGCCUCGCUGCACUGGCCUCGCUGCGGUCGGGGGUGGGGGGCUGGGGAGGGGAGCAGAGGGGCCCGGUGGGGAAGGGGAGACGGCUGCGUGGGUGGCCCUAGUUGCAUAGAAACGCAAACACGCAUGCGCAGUCCUUUUGGGAGGCAGUGAAAAUAGUUAAAAGUCGCCCUGCCUUAAGUACUCUGGGCUAGCUAGUCAGUGGCCCUGAGCCUGUGCUCAUUCUCUCUGCCACGAGGGUGUUUUGGGGGGAGCGCCCACCGCUGUGACCGCAGCACGAGCUCCGGGCCUGCGGAGGUCACUCCGCCCCUCCAGGGAGGAGCAGCGCGGCGCGUGUGGGUGGCGCCCCUCUCCGCUGCCUGCCCCCUGUUGGCCCAGCCGGUCUGAUCCACUCCCCCGGCAGGUGCGAGCCCGCCACCUUGGCCUUGUGCACCGCGGCACUCUGAACCGGAGCCUGCCUUCCACAAAGUUGCACUCUCGUCUGGGUCAAGUUCAGAGUGGGACCCCGCCCACCCACAGGCAGUAACAUUCACACCUGGCUUGUUGCUUUGGGAAAUGAGAUUUACCCAUGGGCGACCUUCCCGCACGCUCACGCAUUGGUUUAUCAGUGUUUACACAACCGCGAACCAGUGGCCCCGCGGUCACGUGCUAGAAUGCCGCAUGCGGACCCCGCGCCUCAAAGCCGCGCAGUGACGAGUGUUCAUCACCCUCGAUGGCGAACAUGUACGCACACCAGGUACUGUGAAGUGACGACACCUGCAAAGGGAAUCCCCUGAUCGGUUUCAGGUGUGAGUCACUCCUUUCACGUAUUUUGUGUACGAUCCCGAUCUGUAUGUGUGUACAGUGGCGCCAAGGUGAGCGUCCUUGUAAUACCACCGUGCUCUGCCGGAUGCAGAGCUGGAAGCUACUGUAAUAAAAGAGACCCGUGAAAGA